AUGUUACAAUUACAACAACGAUGUCGUGAUUUAGAAGUCAAUAAUGAAAAUGAAUUAUCAUGUCAACCACACGACGAUAUUGAACCAACUUUACAAAUAAGUAUAUUUAAUCAAACAAAAAAUUUUAAUAAUAUUUUAGGAAUUCAUGAAAAUUUUCCAGACGAUCAACCUUAUGGAUCAAAUGAUAUUAAUACAAUACAUGUGGAACACGAUGCUAUUGAACUUCAACCCAAUGAUGAUAUGGAUAUACAAUCUUUACCUGAAAUUAUGAAAGUUCAUUUUUAUCAUGAACCAAGUCGUCCACAUCUACAACAACAUCAUAAUGAACAGUCAUCAAUGCAACAGAUGACAGUUCGUAUCACAAAUGAACUACAUCAGGUAAGCAAUUCUCAUCAUUUAGGUACAAAUUCAACAACAGCAACAUUAACACCCAAACAAGUAGGAAGUCGAAAGACAAAUUGUCGACAUCGUAUAAAUCGAUAUCUUUAUGAAGUUAUUCGCCAAGUUUAUCGAUUAUUCAGCAUUACAAAAAUCAAACGAAUAUUAAGAUCAAUGAAUAUAUUUUAUGUCAAUAUUAAUAUGGUCCGACACAAAUUAUUUAUUGGACUCAAGAGUCAAACAAUGGCGGAUGAGAUCGAAAAACUAUUACAUGACCGAAUCUUUACCGAACAACAUUAUCAUCGUCUAUAUAGGUAA